AUGAAUUCAUUACACCAAGUGGAUGAACUCGUCAAAGAAUAUCUUCUAAUUGAUAAAAUAAUCGAAGAACUGCUGGGAUGCAUUGUCAACGGAGAUGUCCAGAAUCUCAUCGAUUAUUACCGCUACCUCGAUUUACGCUUCUUUUCUCGUCUCGACAGUCGCUUCCAGCCCUUACCGUAUGUGAAGCAACCAGCGACCGAUCCUCAGUUCGAAAUGUAUUUCUCCAAACAAUGGGUUGACAACUAUACAAUUUCGCUGCACAAUUUUUUAGCCACGACAUUCCAGAAUAUGCCCUUACCAAGCUUACUAUUGUUUAAUAUUGAUCGUCUCCAGCGAAAAGCGCAACAAGCCGAAAUUGAGACACUCAAAACCACGAUUGAUUCCCUAAAAGCAUCUAUACAAGCACGUGAAAAUGAAAUCGCGAAAUUAAAGCACGAACUCAUAGAAACAAGAAAGGAAGUGACCGACGGUAUCAGUCUCAUUCGACAGCGAGCCGCUUCCAUGACGCUUGAGCCGAAAAACGGGGCGAAAACCAAAGCUGUGGUGGAAAAAUCGGAGGAUCCGAAUGCAUCGUCCGAAAACGUAACCUUGGAGAAAGCACAGCAGCUUAGCGUGGAUGAACCUUUUGUUGUCGUCAGUCAGGAAGAAUUCUCGGAGCAUGCGUCUGCUAUCACUCAUGCCAAGUUUUCCACCCGAGGAAACUUGAUUGCCAGCUGUGACAUGGACAACAUUGUGCGUAUAUGGAGUUACAAGGGCCAGUCGUUCAAUCCAAUGAAAAUUAGCAAUAAUACGUCUAAUAUUUUGUCCAUGGAAUGGGAUGCACGAUCCGACCGCUUCGUAAGUCAUGGAUCAUUGACCUACAGUCCUGUCGAGCCCAUUCUAAUUUGCGCAGGUUCCAGCAGUCGAAUGUCGACCGACAAUGGCAAAAGAUACGGUGCUCUGGUGGCAUGGAAUUUGAAAUCUAUGUGUGCAACACUCAAUCACAAUGGACAAAUGCUGGUGGCUGGCGAUCAAAGCGGUUUAAUACGCAUUUUUGGUAAGAUGAAACCUGAUGAAAACACUUCAUCUCGAACUCCGUCAAACACUGAAGUUUUGUACAAGAUAUACGCACCAUGA